CUUCUCUUUCAAGGAAAACCUGAACCUCAAUUAUCUUUUCUCUUCUUCUCCUCUCUUUCUAUAUCUAUCUUCAGUAACUUUGCUCAUUAUUUCUCCAUGCCAACAAGCUUCUAGAGCUUCUACUCAUCAAAGCUCACCAAAAUCCCCACUAAAAGGCUAACAAAUAGCUCCUCCUGCUACUGUAUAUAUUCAACUUCAACUGCUCUUUCUCUCUCACCCUUCUGCAAGGAAAGCUUGUGAAACUAAGGCCAUGGUGGACUCGGACACUGAGUCGGGAGGAGCUCAAAACAACGCUUCCAACGCAGAUCUUUCUUCCCCGAAAGAACAAGACAGGUUCUUGCCCAUCGCCAACGUCAGCAGGAUCAUGAAAAAGGCUCUGCCAGCCAACGCCAAGAUAUCCAAGGACGCCAAAGAGACGGUGCAAGAAUGUGUGUCGGAGUUCAUCAGCUUCAUCACCGGGGAAGCGUCUGAUAAGUGCCAGAAAGAGAAGAGGAAGACCAUCAACGGCGACGAUCUCUUGUGGGCCAUGACCACGUUGGGCUUCGAGGAUUACGUCGAGCCCUUGAAGGUUUACUUGCAGAGGUUUAGGGAGAUGGAGGGAGAGAAGACCGCGGUAGCACGUGAUAAAGACGGGCCUCUCGGUGGUGAUUCCAGUGCCGGUAGUAGUGGGAUGUAUGGGAUGAUGGUACACCACCAGCAGCAUCAAGGGCAUGUCUAUGGUUCUAGCGGGUUUCAUCAGAUGGGUAGGGGCCCAAGGUAGUUCUUUCGUAUUGACACGUGUAUGGUUACUAUUAGUUUGAU